AUGUUCAUAUAUCAGUGUGUUCAUAUCUAUCUAUCUAUCUAUCUAUCUAUCUAUCUAUUCUAUCUAUCUAUUCUCUAUCUAUCUAUCUAUCUAUCUAUUAACUCUCUACCUAUCUACCUAUCCAUCUAUGUUCAUAUCUCAGUGUGUUCAUAUCUAUCUAUCUAUCUAUCUAUCUAUCUAUCUAUCUAUCUAUCUAUCUAUCUAUCUAUCUAUCUAUGUUCAUAUCUCAGUGUGUUUAUAUCUAUCUAUCUAUCUAUCUAUCUAUCUAUAUUCACUCUCUUUCUAUUUAUCUAUCUCUCUAUAAAUCUACCUAUGUUCAUAUCUCAGUGUAUUCAUAUCUAUCUAUCUAUCUAUCUCAAUAUGUUCCUAUCUAUCUAUCUAUCUAUCUAUCUAUCUAUCUAUCUAUCUAUCUAUUCACUCUCUUCCUAUCUAUCUAUCUAUCUAUCUAUCUAUCUAUCUAUCUAUCUAUAUAUGUUCCUAUCUAUCUAUCUAUCUAUCUAUCUAUCUAUCUAUCUAUCUAUAUGUUCCUAUCUAUCUAUCUAUUCACUCUCUACCGUCUCUUUACCCAGUCUUUUCAGAAUUGUCAAAUAUUUCCUUCCCUCAUCAUUCAUUGCCGACACCCACUCCUCCCUCAUUCCACCCCUAUCCAACUUGCAUCCACUCACCUAUACCCCCCACCCACCCUGUAUAUCAAAGAAUCUACCCAGAACUUCUAGUUCCCUAUCUCUCUUUCUUUUAACCUGUCUUUUAACAUUUCUUUUACUAUUUUUACGUUUUUCUUCAUUUAUUCCUCUUUCUUUCGUUCUUACUUUUAAAUUUUCUUUCUUUUUCUUUCUCUCUCAACCUUUAGAUUGCCAAAUUUCUUUUUUUUUCUUUUUCGUUCCUUUUUCAUUUACACUUCUCUCUUUUGUUUUUCUUUCUUUCUCUCAAUCAUUCCUCCUCCUUUCUCACAACAUUUCUUCUGUUUUUCUUUCUUCCUUCAUUUUCGUUUUCUUUUUCGUUUUUAUUUUUUGUAUCCAUUUUAUUAAUUUACUUUCUAUCUUUUUAAAAUCAUAUUUAUACUUUUAUUUAAAAAAACCUUUAGUUUUUCAACCUUUUGUCGCCAUUUUAUUUCUUGAUUUCUUUCCUUUCAUGCCUUAUGCGUUUUUCUUUCUUUCUUUCUUUCUUUAUGCGUUUUUUCUUUCUUUUCUUUCUUUCUUUCUUUCUUUCUUUCUUUCUUUCUUUAUGCGUUUUUCUUUCUUCCUUUCUUUCUUUAUGCGUUUUUCUUUCUUUCUUUCUUUAUACGUUUUUCUUUCUUUCUUUCUUUCAUUCAUGCAUUAUGCGUUUUUCUUUCUUUCUUUCUUUAUGCGUUUUUCUUUUUUUCUUCCUUUCUUUCUUUCUUUAUGCGUUUUUUCUUUCUUUCUUUCUUUCUUUAUGCGUUUAUCUUUCUUCCUUUCUUUCUUUAUGCGUUUUUCUUUCUUUCUUUCUUUAUACGUUUUUCUUUCUUUCUUUCUUUCUUUCUUUCUUUCUUUCAUGCCUUAUGCGUUUUUCUUGCUUUCUUUUUCUUUCUUUCUUAUUUCUUUCUUUUUUUCUUUCUUUAUGCGUUUUUCUGUCUUUUUUCUGUCUUUCUUUCUUUUUAUGCCUUAUGCAUUUUUCUUUUUUGUUGUUUCUUUCUUUGUUUGUUUGUUUCUUUCUUUCUUUUCACCUUUGCCUGUAUGUUAUUUUCAUUUCUUCUCACCACUCUUUUUUUUCUUGCUUGUUUGCUUUUUUUCUUCUCACCUUUGCACUUUUCUUUCUUUUCAUUUCUUCUCACCUCACUUUUCUUUCUUUCUUUCUUUCUUUCUUUCUUUUCAUGCCUUAUGCGGUUUUCUUUCUUUCUUUUCUUUCAUGCCUUAUGCAUUUAACACACACACAGACGUGCAAAAAAUAAAUAACAUUGGUACAUGUCUAUCUAUCUAUCUAUCUAUCUAUCUAUCUUUUCAUUUCUGUCUGUCUAUAUCUUUCUUUCACAUUCGGUUUCUAUCUAUCUAUCUAUCUAUCUAUCUAUCUAUCUAUCACAGCCUGUUGAUCUAUCUAUCUAUCUAUUUAUCUAUCUAUCACAGCCUGUUGAUCUAUCAAAACUAUACUUUCUUUCUUUCUAUCUAUCUAUCUAUCUAUCUAUCUAUCUAUCUAUCUAUCUAUCUCAUUCUCUUCCGGUUUCUCUCUAUGUAUUUCUUUCCUUUUCUAUCUAUCAAUAUCUUUCACAUUCGAUUUUUAUUUAUCUAUCUGGCUAUCUUUCACGGACUGUUGAUCUCUCUCUCUCUCUCUCUCUCUCUCUCUCUCUCUAUCUAUUCUAUUUUUUCUUUUUCUAUCUAUCUAUUUCUUUGUUUUGCAUUCGGUUUCUAUCUAUCUAUCUAUCUAUCUAUCUAUCUAUCUAUCUAUCUAUCUAUUCGGGAUAAUCUCUCUCUCUCUCUCUCUCUCUCUCUCUCUCUCUCUCUCUCUCUCUCUCUCUCUCUCUCUCUCUAA